CUACGCCUAAAAAAGACAUUAAAAAUAUAAAAAAAGUGUUAAGUAUAUUUUUUGCAAUAUAUUAUUAAGGUAACAAAAUUCUUUGCAAAAAUUCGUGAAAUCCGCCUAAAAAAAACAUUAAAAUUGUAAAAAAAGCGCCAAGUAUAUUUUUAUAAACGUUGCGUUCUCUAAAUCGCUAAGGAAACGAUUCAACAAAGGCUCUUCCAAAAAUGGCUGCAGACAUCGAAUUCAACGAUAUAACGUACUCAGUUCCGAGUACUCCGAAAGAGUCGAAAAUGAUUCUGAAAGGUCUCAGCGGCCAAUUUAAAUCAGGCGAACUGACGGCAAUUCUGGGUCCUUCUGGUGCCGGAAAAUCGACGUUACUCAACAUCCUGGCGGGAUACAGAUGUACGGAAAUGGGUGGUUUAGUAAGAAUCAAUGGACAACUGCUAGAUAAAAACAAUUUCAAAAAGAUGUCCUGUUAUAUCAUGCAGGAAUGCCUUACACAACCGGAUCUCACGGUUUUAGAGGCGAUGUAUUUCGCUGCCGAAUUAAAACUCGGUAGAAGGAAAUCAACGCUUGAAAAACGUGCUGCUAUUUAUGAAAUCCUAAGUACGCUUAGAUUAAGCAAAACGCGAGAUACUAUCACAAAUAGACUUUCCGGUGGUGAAAGAAAGAGGCUGACAAUUGCACUUGAGCUAGUAAAUAAUCCACCUGUUAUUUUUCUUGAUGAAUCAACCACUGGAUUAGAUGAGAUCUCCUCUACUCAGUGCAUUGAUGUUCUCCAGAGGCUGGCGCGUUUCGGGCGGACUGUCGUGUGCACGAUACACACGCCUAGCACGAGAGUUUUUCUAAAGUUUGAUCACGUUUACAUCUUAAGCAACGGACAAUGCGUUUACAGAGACUCCGCAAGCAAUGUGGUGCCAUUCUUGCAAAACAUGGGCAUAGAAUGCCCAAAAUAUUACAAUCCGGCGGACUUCAGUGAAGAUCUCAGCGGCGGUGAUUGCAGUUAUGGUUCCAACGUGGUCGAACAAAUGGUCGCGUGCGUAAACGCGAAACCACUUCCGAUUGUUCGAUCAAAAAACGAAUUCGAUUUUAAUAAAAAAAACUUGAAAACCUCAAGGAUUCAUCAAUUUAAAACGUUAGUGAGGAGAAUGAUGCUGCAGAUGUAUCGAACUAGAAAUUACAUAUACUGGAUGAUAGUGAUACACAUCUUCCUUGGACUACUAAUUAGGGGACUAUUUUACAAUACGGGCAAUAAUGGAUUCAAGGCCGAAUCCAAUGUCUUCUUCUGCUUCUCAUGUGUCAUAGUUUUUCUGUAUAUACCCAUGCUACCAGUACUGCUGCAUUUUCCUUCGGAAAUUCAACUAAUAAAACAUGAGCAUUUUAAUAGAUGGUAUGAUCUUAGUGCAUAUUUUUGGGCUUCUACAGUUGUUAAUAUACUUUUACAGAUAUUUCUCGCAGUUUUAUAUCUCUCAGUCGUCUAUUUAAUGACGGGUCAACCCCUGGAAUUGCACAGGGUCACCAAGUUCUUUGGCACUUGUAUCGUGUGUGCCUUGAUCGCUGAGAGUAUAGGGCACAACGUUGCUAGCAUAUUUAAGGUUCUGGUAUGUUCAGAAUUGCACAUUGCAAAAAAGGGAAAUCUUUCCUAAGAUUGACGAAGAUGUGUACCAGGAAGAUGUGUAUCAGUAUUAUCCGGUAUAUGUAAUUUCUAGUUCGAUACAUCUGCAGCAUCAUUCUCCUCACUAACGUUUUAAAUUGAUGAAUCCCUGAGGUUUUCAAGUUUUUUUUAUUAAAAUCGAAUUUGUUUUUUUGAUUGAACAAUCGGAAGUGGUUUCGCGUUUACGCACGCGACCAUUUGUUCGACCACGUUGGAACCAUAACUGCAAUUAUCUGCUGAGAUCUCUAUUAUGAAGUCCGCCGGAUUGUAAUAUUUUGGGCAUUUUAUGCCCAUGUUUUACAAGAAUGGCACUAUAUUAUUUGCGGAGUCUCUGUAAACGCAUUGUCCGUUGUUUAAGAUGUAAACGUGAUCAAACUUUAGAAAAACUCUCGUGCUAGGCGUGUGUAUCGUGCACACGACAGUCUGCCCGAAACGCGCCAGCCUCUGGAGAACAUCAAUGAAUAGAGGAGAGCUCAUCUAAUCCAGUGGUUGGUUCAUCAAGAAAAAUAACAGGUGGAUUAUUUACUAGCUCAAGUGCAAUUGUCAACCUCUUUCUUUCACCACCGGAAAGUCUAUUUGUGAUAGUAUCUCGCGUUUUGCUUAAUCUAAGCAUACUUAGGAUUUCAUAAAUAGCAGCGCGUUUUUCAGACGUUGAUUUCCUUCUACCAAGUUUUAAAUCGACAGCGAAAUACAUCGCCUCUAAAACCGUGAGAUCCGGUUGUGUAAGGCAUUCCUGCAUAACAUAACAGGACAUCUUUUUGAAAUUGUUUUUAUCCAGCAAUUGUCUAUUGAUUCUUAAUGAACCACCCAUUUCCGUACAUCUGUAUCCUGCCAGGAUGUUUACUAACGUCGAUUUUUCGGCACCAGAAGGACCCAGAAUCGCCGUCAGUUCGCCGGAUUUAAAUUGGCCGCUGAGACCUUUCAAAAUCAUUUUCGACUUUUUUGGAGUACUCGGAACUGAGUACGUUAUAUCGUUGAAUUCGAUGUCUGCAGCCAUUUUUGGAAGAGCCUUUGUUGAAUCUUUUCCUUAGCGAUUUAGAGAACGCGACGUCUCUGGUGGAUGCCGUUACCGCUUAUUUGUCGGCGCGCCCUUCUGGCAGUCGGUUCCAAAUCACCGGUACCGACACUCCGGGAGUACUCGGAGCUCCUUGGCAGGGUGUUCUCGACUUCCUUAUACCGGGUGUACUCGGUUUCCUGAAAACCUCUGACACCGGGUGUUCUCGGUUAUCCACACUCCAGUGCCGGGCGUUCUCGGCUUCCUGACACAGGCCGUUCACGGCCUCCUGACACCGGGCGUACUCGGUUACCCGUCUUUUUACCUGUUACCUUUCCUGUAGUUUUGAUUUUUAACUUUCGUUUUAUUUUCAGAGCGAAUUUAUAAUAAUUCUACUCGGUCGGCGACGACGCGUUUACCCGGAGUUCCAACCUCCUUGCCGUACCUUCCUCGGAUAUCCUCUGUCCUGAGCGUCCCGUCCGAAUAAGAGCAUUCUUAGCGUAGCGAGCGUAGUUUUGUCCCUUCCUCAUGCGAGCGUUAUAGUUAUUAAUUGUAAGUCCGCGUUUCUUGUAAUAUUUUCCGAGCGUUAGUUUGUAAGAUCCGCGUUUUGUAUUUAGACUUAAGAUUUCCAUUGACACCGCGAGCGUUAUAAUUUAGUUUAAGUUCUCUACGCGUGUAUGUUAUAAUUAAUUUUAAGUUCCGCGUGUGAAUAACGUUCCGGGAACACGUUCCGAAGGUGUCAACUUCCUCCCUUUAUAAUAAAUUUUGUUUAUUUUUGUAUCACGGAGUGUGGGGAGAUACUUUUUUAAAAUAAAUAUUUUUGUUAAUUUUCUUUCAAA